AUGGAGAAAUCCAGGAGUGAGAAGUCCAGGAACCCUGAGCAGUCUGCUUUGCCAACUCUGGGGGACCCACAUGUGACCCUGCUGGCUACCCACAAGCAGCGGUCCUUCCGGAGGAGCCCUGGGGCCAGGGGCUUGACCUUGCUGGUGUCUUCAGAAGAGAAAGUCUCUUCCCCAUCAGAAGUGGGAGACUUUUCACAAAGGGAUUGGAAUGGAACCCAGGAAAUCAGUUCCAAUCAGAUCUUAUCUGGACUUUCUUGGGAACCAGCAAUGAGCUUUGCCUUUGACAAUGUUGGCUAUGAAAGCAGUCAGGACACUGUGCCGCCUCCCUCUCAGGCAGCCACCGGCACAGUCAGCAUUCUGGGCAUGACUUGCCAGUCAUGUGUCGAGUCUAUCGAGGGCAAGAUUUCCAAUUUGAAUGGCAUUUUGAGCAUUAAGAUUUCCCUGGAACAGGGCAAUGCAACUGUGAGAUAUGUGCCAUCGGUCAUAAGCCUGAAGCAGAUCUGCUGUCACAUUGGGGACAUGGGCUUUGAAGCCAGCAUCGCUGAAGGAAAGGCUGCCUCCUGGCCUUGCAGGUCCUUGCCCACUGGGGAAGCUGUGGUCAAGCUUCGGGUAGAAGGCAUGACCUGCCAGUCCUGUGUCAGCUCCAUAGAAGGCAAGAUUGGGAAGCUGCAGGGCGUAGUGCGAGUCAGAGUAUCACUGAGCAACCAGGAAGCAACCAUUGUCUAUCAGCCUUAUCUUAUUCAACCCGAAGACCUCAGGGACCAUGUUAAUGACAUGGGGUUUGAAGCUGUCAUCAAGAACAAAAUGGUCCCCCUAAGCCUGGGGCCGAUUGACAUUGGACGAUUACAAAGCACUAACCCAAAAAGCCCUUCCGCUCCUGCUCAGGGUCUCAAUAAUCCUGAGACCCCAUGGGACCAAAAAAGCAAUGGAGUCACCCUGCAGCUGAGAGUUGAUGGAAUGCACUGUAAGUCUUGUGUCAUCAAUAUUGAAGAAAACAUAAGCCAACUCCCAGGGGUUCAAAGUGUUCAAGUGUCCUUAGAGAACAGAACUGCUCAAGUACAGUUUGAGCCUUCUUGCAUCUCUCCAGUGUCCAUAAAGAAAACCAUUGAAGCUCUUCCACCUGGGAACUUCAAAGUUUCUCUUCCUGAUGAUUCAAAAGAGAGUGAGACAGAAUGCCUGCUAGAUGUCAGGCCUUCUGGAUCCCAUCCCUCUGGCUCCUCCCCAAGAACCCAGGAGCCUGGAGCACACAGCACUAUGGAGCUUGCCAUUGCUGGUAUGACCUGCACUUCUUGUGUCCAGUCCAUCGAAGGCGCCAUCUCCCAGAGGAAAGGGGUGCAGCAGAUAUCAGUCUCUCUUACUGAAGGAACUGGAACUAUUCUCUUUGACUCUGCUCUAACUAACCCAGAAGAACUCAGAGCUGCUGUGGAAGACAUGGGAUUUGAGGCUUUCAUUAUCUCUGAAAACCAUUCUAGCAACCAUGUUGAAGGCCACAGUGCUGGGAAUUCUAUGGCACAAACUACAGGUGGCAUGCCUGUAUCCAUACCGGAGGUGGCUCCCCAUACCAGGAGACACCCUCGAAACCACAAACAUGAUCAUUCAUCCAUCGUACCACUAUCUUCUGGAACAGUGGCGCCACAGAAGUGCUUCUUACAGAUCACUGGCAUGAACUGUGCCUCUUGUGUGUCUAACAUAGAAAGGAAUCUGCAGAAAGAAGCUGGUAUUCUCUCUGUGCUAGUUGCCUUGAUGGCUGGAAAGGCAGAAGUCAAAUAUAACCCAGAAAUCAUCCAGCCACUUGAGAUAGCUCAGCUCAUUGACAAUUUGGGUUUUGAAGCAACAGUAAUGGAAGACUACAGAGGCUCAGAUGGCAACAUUGAGCUGAUCAUCACAGGGAUGACCUGCGCUUCCUGUGUUCACAACAUAGAGUCGAAGCUCACAAGGACAGAUGGGAUCACCUAUGCUUCAGUGGCCCUCGCCACCAGCAAAGCCCAUGUUAAGUUUGAUCCUGAAAUUAUUGGUCCACGGGAUAUUGUAAGAAUUAUUAAGGAAAUUGGCUUUCAUGCUUCCUUGGCCCCAAGAGACCCCCACGCUCAUCACUUGGAUCACAAGCUGGAAAUAAAACAAUGGAAGAAGUCUUUCUUAUGCAGCUUGGUGUUCGGCAUUCCUGUGAUGGGGUUAAUGAUCUAUAUGCUAAUUCCCAGCCAUGAGCCUCAUGAGACUAUGGUUCUGGACCAAAACAUCAUCCCAGGACUGUCCAUUCUAAACCUCAUCUUCUUCAUCUUGUGUACCUUUGUCCAGUUCCUCGGUGGAUGGUAUUUCUACGUCCAGGCCUACAAGUCUCUGAAACACAGGACAGCCAACAUGGACGUGCUCAUCGUGCUGGCCACAACCAUUGCCUAUGUCUACUCCCUGGUCAUCCUGGUGGUGGCCAUCGCCGAGAAGGCUGACAGGAGCCCUGUGACAUUCUUUGACACACCCCCCAUGCUCUUCGUGUUCAUUGCCCUGGGGCGAUGGCUAGAACACGUGGCAAAGAGCAAAACCUCAGAAGCCCUUGCCAAACUCCUAUCUCUCCAAGCCACGGAAGCCAUUGUCGUGACCCUGGGUGAAGACGGCAUCAUCAUCAGAGAGGAGCAAGUACCCAUGGAGCUGGUGCAGCGGGGUGAUGUCAUCAAGGUGGUCCCCGGGGGAAAGUUCCCAGUGGAUGGGAAAAUCCUGGAAGGCAAUACCAUGGCUGAUGAGUCCCUUAUCACAGGAGAAGCCAUGCCAGUCACUAAAAAGCCAGGAAGCGUAGUGAUUGCUGGAUCUAUAAAUGCACAUGGCUCUGUGCUUGUUAAUGCCACCCACGUGGGAAACGACACCACUUUGGCUCAGAUUGUGAAAUUGGUGGAAGAGGCCCAGAUGUCUAAGGCACCCAUUCAGCAACUGGCUGACCGAUUUAGUGGAUACUUUGUCCCAUUUAUCAUCAUCAUUUCAACUUUGACGUUGGUGGUAUGGAUUAUAAUCGGGUUUAUCGAUUUUGAUGUUGUUCAGAAACACUUUCCUAACCCCAACAAGCACGUCUCUCAGACUGAGGUGAUCCUCCGGUUUGCCUUCCAGACGUCCAUCACUGUGCUGUGCAUUGCCUGUCCCUGCUCCCUGGGUUUGGCCACACCCACAGCCGUCAUGGUGGGCACCGGGGUGGCCGCACAGAACGGCAUCCUCAUCAAGGGAGGCAAGCCUCUGGAAAUGGCUCACAAGAUAAAGACCGUGAUGUUUGACAAAACAGGCACCAUUACCCACGGGGUCCCCAGAGUCAUGCGGUUCCUUCUACUUGUAGACAUGGCUGCACUGCCGCUCAGGAAGGUUCUCGCUGUGGUGGGCACUGCAGAGGCCAGCAGCGAGCACCCCUUGGGUGUGGCAGUCACCAAGUACUGUAAAGAGGAACUCGGAAUAGAAACCCUAGGAUACUGCAUGGACUUCCAGGCAGUCCCAGGCUGUGGAAUCGGUUGUAAGGUCAGCAAUGUGGACAGCAUCCUGACCCCGAGUGAGCGGGUUGGGCACCUGAACGGUGUUGGGAGCAUGCCCACUAAGAAAGACGCAGCCCCUGAAACCUUCUCUGUGCUGAUCGGAAACCGUGAAUGGAUGCAGCGCAAUGGGUUAACCAUCUCCAGCGACGUGAGUGACGCAAUGACAGACCACGAAAUGAAAGGACAGACAGCAGUCUUGGUGGCUAUUAAUGGUGUCCUCUGUGGGAUGAUCGCCAUCGCAGACGCUGUCAAGCCAGAGGCAGUGCUGGCCGUGCACACUCUCAAGAGCAUGGGUGUGGAUGUAGUUUUGAUCACGGGGGACAACCGGAAGACAGCCCGAGCCAUUGCCACCCAGGUUGGCAUCAACAAAGUCUUUGCUGAGGUACUGCCUUCCCACAAGGUGGCCAAGGUUCAGGAACUCCAGGACAAAGGAAAGAAAGUUGCCAUGGUGGGAGACGGCGUCAAUGACUCUCCAGCUUUGGCCCGGGCGGACGUGGGCAUUGCCAUUGGGACGGGCACAGAUGUGGCCAUCGAGGCGGCAGAUGUGGUCCUCAUCAGAAAUGACUUACUUGAUGUGGUGGCUAGCAUUCACCUGUCCAAGAAGACCGUCUGGAGAAUACGAAUCAAUCUGGUCCUGGCUUUGAUUUAUAACAUGGUUGGGAUCCCCAUUGCAGCAGGUGUCUUCAUGCCCGUCGGCAUUGUGCUGCAGCCAUGGAUGGGCUCAGCAGCCAUGGCGGCCUCCUCCGUGUCUGUGGUGCUUUCGUCCCUGCAGCUGAAGUGCUAUAAGAAGCCAAACCGCGAGUGGUAUGAAGCGCAGGCCCAGGGCCACAUGAAGCCCCUGACCCCUUCCCAGGUCAGUGUGCACAUCGGUUUGGAUGACCGGCGGCGGGACUUGUCCCGGGCCACAACGUGGGACCAGGUCAGCUAUGUCAGCCAGGUGUCUCUCUCCUCGCUGACCUCAGACAGGCUGUCUCGACCCAAUGCUACAGCUGAUGACAGUGGGGACAAGUGGUCUCUGCUUCUAAAUGACAGAGAUGAGGAGCAGUACAUCUGA